GGCUCCCGCGGCAUCGGCGGCGCCCCCUCGGUGCCGUCCGGCGGCGCGCUCCACGGGAGGUGGCGGCCGCGCGCCUUGCGGCUCCGGGCCGCGCGGCGCGCCAGCCGCGACGCGGGGGCCCCGCGCGCUGCCGCGGCUGUCCGGCAGGCGGCAGCGGACGCCGGGCCUGCGGGUGGCAGGAGGCUGGGGCUGGCAGCGGCGCUCUGCGCCCCGCUGGCGGCUGCUUUGCCCCGCCGGGCGAGGGCGAGGCAGCUGGCGUUCCAGGAGCGGCAGGUGCUGCCGCCCAAGGCACGCUCCAUGCAGUACAGGCGCAGAACCAGAAGCUGAUCAAGUUAUUGGAAGGGAUCCAGAUCCUCGGCGCGGCCUCGAUUGGCAUCGAGGGCGCUGGUGGAAGGCGCAAGACGGACGAGAAGAUCGUGCAGUUGAUGCAGUUCAAUGUGCAGAAGUCCACGAUCUUCAACAGCCUGAGGCGCACCUACACGAUGGCCGCGGAGGACUUCGGGCCGCUGCUGUCGGCCGACGAGGGUCAGCGCGUGCUCGACCUCUCUGCCCAGCUCGACCAGCAGCUCCGUGACUUCCGGCGCGCCAUCGACGAGCGCAGGGUCGAUGAGGUGAUCAUCAACCGCACCACCUACUCAGCAGGCGAGGCGGAGCUGAAACUGCUCCAGGCACUGCAGUCCAGCGAGGCCUUGCUGCAGCUACUGGAGGCGCCCCGCGGCGACGGCAGGGCGUCCCCCCGCCGCGGCGUGGGCAGGAGCGAGAGCGGCGGCCGCAGCCCCGCGAGGGAGGAGUUCCGCGUCCGGGACUACAUGCGGUUGGACGCGGAGAAGAAGUUUUUUCUUGUCACCACCACGUCCUCUGUAGAGGGAUACGACAAGAUUCUGCGCUAUGACCUCGAAAGGCUGCUGAUGCGACUGGCCAACGCCAUGGUCGCGCUCUGCCUGCGCUUUGCGCCCGCGCCCCGGGCCGGCGGGCACGCGCUGACCCACCUGUUGACCAUGCUCUUCUUCUCCCUCGCCGUCUCCUGCCUCAUCUUUGCGGCGCAUGCCCAUGACACCAGAGCCAUCCUGGGUUUCGACACCAACUCGCUCACGGAGCUGUCGGGAGCCGCGGCGGGGUAG